AUGACUGACGACGAAGGCGAGCAGGAGCAGAGCUUCGGCACGCUGAACCGCGAGUUCGCCGAACGCUGCACCGCGCACGGAUUCAAUCGCAUCGCGUCCACUCGGCGACUGCGCCGCUUGCUGUGGGCCGUCAUCGUGGUCGUGGCCGUGGGCGGAUUCCUCUAUCACAUCAGCUUCCUGACCAGCAACUACUUCUCGUACCCGAUCAUGACGGCCACCGAAGAAGUGCACGCCGAAGAGCUGCACUUCCCAGCCAUAACCGUGUGUAAUCUGAACCUGCUCCGCAAGAGCAGCUUCGACGACUACCUCAAGGACAUCGCGACUCGGGACAUGUUCUCGCGCACGUACGAAAGGUUACUCCAACAACUGGUGGAAACAGAGGCGGCUAGCGGAGAUGAGGACGACGGUGAGCUGUGCUACAAGACGGUCGACGAGUUCCUAAAGAGCAGCCGUACCAUGGACCUGAGCGACAUGUGGAUGAACUUCAUCGCCACCAAGGACCAGCUGCAGAAAUUUGGCCACCAGGCCAACGACCUUGUCGUGCAGUGCACGUACAACGCACGCAACUGCUUUCGACGAGAGGUGAGCCUCCAUUCCAUCCUGCGUGUCGAACCGUACCCUUCACCUCGAUACGGACUCUGCCAGACGAUACGCUUGGCCAACGAAUCUAUGCGAAAAGUUCGGAAGACGGGCCCCACCUUAGGAAUGCGUUUAACACUGAACAUCGAGCGCAGCGAGUACCUGGACAUAAUCUCGCCCGAGUUCGGAACUCGGAUUCUGAUUCAUCCGCUCGGCACUCUGCCCAGCCUCGAACGCGGCGGCAUAACACUCACUCCCGGAAGCAAGAGCUACAUCAGCAUCAGAAUGCGCAAGAUCGAGAGGCUGCCCGAACCAUAUCGCGGAUGCAGCAAGAGUUUCAACGACAGCAGGAUCACGCCGUACCUCCGCGAAGUCGGCCUUGACGACCUGCUUCAGCGAUCCAUCUACACGUUUGACUUUUGCCAAACACUCUGUCGUGAAGCGGCACUGCUUCGUACGUGUGGUUGUCUCGACGAACUUUCGACUUCAGGACGGGUCUCUUGCGACCUAUGCAACGUCACUCAGGCUCGUUGCCGAACACGUUACCUGCGGUCCUACACGUCGUCCAGCGGAGGCCAGCAGUGCAAGGCGCUUUGCCUUCCCGAAUGCGUGGAAGUGCGGUACGACCUGACCACCUCCCAAUCGGAGUGGCCCAACUUCCGGCAGCAGGCGUGGGCCGUCAAACGGUGGCCGCUGCUGAACAAAAGGUUACAGGACGCCGGCGUCCGCUGGCAGGAGGUGCUCAACACCACCGACGACCGAGUGUUCAUGGACGAUCUGAUGGCCUUCAGGAGCAAUUUCAUGAGGGUGCACAUAUACAUUCAGGAAAUGAACUACCUCUCAGUUCGCGACCUCCCCGCAUACCCUCUGCCACAGCUGUUUGCUGACCUGGGCGGAUGCUUGGGCCUCUACAUUGGCGUGUCAGCCAUCACCAUAUUCGAGUUCCUGGAGCACGUCGUUAUUCUCGUGGUCCACGUGUGCGAGAAGUACUGCGGCUGCUGCAAGAAGAGGCGCGCCUCGCAGCGUCUCAAGGCCGAAUGGACGUACCCGCCGGAUGGAGGCGAGAAGGCCGCCGAGUACGGAGGCCAGCAGCAGCACAAGCCUUGGUCCUUCCUAAUCCGAGACCGGGAGUAUCCCGUGCUGGGCAGGCCUCCGUCGCGCUCACCCCUCUUCCGCACCUUGUACUCCAGCGCGAGGGAUUACGCCGGAGCUCCCACAAAAAGGCCGCUUCAUCUCGGUUACACCAUUCCGCAGCACGUGGACAACGACGGCGGCUUUUUCGGCAGGCGUUACCAAACAAAGGAGGACUCUGUGCUGGCCAGGGUACGGAGCCAUCACGACGAAUCGACGGAACGUAUCAGACCUCGUAUUCUCUGA